GAGAUCCUUCAGCCACCACGGCCCUUGUUCUGCGCCCCGAUGAGUCACCCCAACCAAGCAACCUGCCUAUUUGAAAUAUCCUCCCUUCAUCAAUGCAUCUUGGUCAGAUGAACCACAUAGUCGACUGCGUUGCCACUUCUCCCUUUCGCAAUGGCGACUUCUUCUCCGCUCGACUUUGUUACCGUGGAUGUCUUCACCUCGGAGCCUUACCAAGGCAAUCCGCUAGCCAUUGUGCGCAUCCCUAGUGGCCGCACGCUAACUCAGGCACAAAAGCAAGCCAUUGCGCGGGAGUACAAUCUUUCCGAGACGACCUUUCUGCAUGAGAAUGCCGAGCAUGGCGCGGAUCGUGCCUGGACCGUCGAUAUCUUUAUGACGUCUCGGGAGUUGCCCUUUGCCGGUCAUCCAACCGUCGGCACGGCUUGUUAUGUGUUGGGAAGAGUGGCGCGCGCAAGUGGUGCUGACCAGGGCGUCAUCGAGGCAACGUUCAACUUGAAGGCCGGGCCCGUGGGACUGCGAUAUGAUGUCGCCAAGAGAACGGCAAAGGCGUCGAUACCUCAUAAUGUCCAUAUCCAUGGCAAGAGGUUUAGCAACAAGUCGCUCUUCGAAAUCCAGCCUCGACUGGCAGAAGCCCACCAACAAGGCAACAUCAAGGUCAAGGAUGACUUUGCCAUUGUCUCGAUUGUCAAAGGCAUGACGUUUGCCUUGAUUGAACUGGAGAGCAUCGAGGCCUUGGGCCUUGUGUCGCUAGCUAGUGCGUCCCUUGUGGUCGACGGCUUGGACGAGGGUUGGAAUAAGACGUUUAUUGGAACAUACUUUUUUGUUCGCACAGGAAAAAAAGACAAGGGCGCAACAACGCUCAGGACACGUAUGAUUGAGGGCCCAUUGGAGGAUCCAGCAACCGGAAGUGCGGCCAGCGACCUGGCGGCUUAUCUGUCGCUAGACGGUGGCUGUGCUGGUGAGACGUUGAAAUACGAGAUUGUGCAAGGCGUCGAGAUGGGGAGACGAAGCGAGAUUUCCAUAGAGGUGCAUAUGGAUGCGGCCGGGUCAAUUUCGGAGUUCCAUCUCGAAGGUGGCGCUGUCCAGGUAAUGGAGGGUCGACUGACUACGAUGUGAAUAAGUGGAUGUGAAUAGAUCCGAGGGCAGUACGCGUGGCUGGUGUCGAAGAUUGUAUCCGUGUUGGAGAUUAUUACGCGCAAGGGACGCGGUCAGCACCUUUUCUUCGCCUAUCAACGUCAGUCGCAGGCGUCAGGAUAAUGCAACCUAACAUGUUUCCGUCUAAAGGUGGUUACAGAUGUAGAUCUAUUGUACCUGAAAAC